UACAGCAACAAGAGUGCAAGCUGCUCUACAGUCGUAAAGAGGGCCAGAGGGCAGAGAACAAAAACAAGAACAGAUACAAGAACAUUCUGCCUUUCGACCACACGCGUGUGGUGCUGAAUGACAGGGACCCAAAUGAGCCCGGCUCUGACUACAUCAACGCCAAUAUCAUCAUGGUAGUAUCUGCUGUCAUGCCUGAGCUGGACCCAAAAUGUAACAGCACAAAGGUGAAGAAGAGCUACAUCGCCACUCAGGGCUGUCUGCAGAACACCAUCAGUGACUUCUGGAGGAUGGUGUUUCAGGAGAACUCGCGAGUCAUCGUCAUGACCACCAAAGAGGUGGAGAGGGGAAAGAGUAAAUGUGUGAAGUACUGGCCGGACAUGUCGGCUCUGAAGGAGUACGGAGCGAUGCGCGUUCGCAACGUCAGAGAGACGGCGGCACACGACUACAUCUUAAGAGAACUCAAACUGUCUAAAGUUGGACAGGGGAACACAGAACGCACAGUUUGGCAGUACCACUUCAGGGCCUGGCCGGACCACGGAGUCCCCACCGACCCCGGCGGCGUCCUCGACUUCCUGGAGGAGGUCAACCUGAAACAGGAGAGCAUACUGGACGCUGGGCCUAUAGCGGUACACUGCAGCGCAGGGAUCGGGAGGACAGGAACGUUUAUAGUGAUCGACAUCCUGAUAGACGUGAUCAGGGAAAAAGGUGAGUCCUGUAAACUCUGCGG